AUGGCUGCGGUCACUCCGGAACAGGGCGUGGCCGACUUGAGCCUGAACGGCGACAAGUCCGUCGAAAAGCAGAAUGGAGGGAAAGCCACAACCGGGGCCAACGACGAUGUAGAAGGCGGCGACUCCGACGACGAUGAGGCUGACGAUGGCGAGGAAGGUCAGGCAAACGGUGUAGGUGGCGAGGGUGCGGCCAAGAAGAAAAAGAAGAGAAAGCCACGCAAGAAGAAGAAGAGUGGUGCGGGAGCGACAGGCGGCGGCGCAAAGGCUCAGACAUCUCCUCCCACUAAGAAGGUGUCAGAUCUGUUCCCCGAUGACAGCUACCCUAUUGGAGAGGAAGUCGAGUACAAGAACGAAAAUGCCUACAGAACGACCAGUGAGGAGAAGAGGCAUCUUGACCGGAUGAACUCGGACUUCCUUGCAGACUACAGACAGGCUGCGGAGGUGCAUCGAGAGGUCAGAAAAUAUGCCAAGGCUCAGAUCAAGCCUGGUAUGACCUUGACCGAGAUUGCGGAAAUGAUCGAGAAUGGUACGAGGCAUCUGACAGGACACAUGGGCCUUGAGGAAGGCGAUAACCUGCUUGGAGGGGUGGCAUUCCCAACAGGUCUCAGUUUGAACCACUGUGCAGCGCAUUACACUCCAAAUGCUGGCAACAAGAUGGUAUUGAAGGAAGAGGAUGUCAUGAAGGUCGACUUUGGAGUACACGUGAAUGGCCGCAUUGUUGACUCUGCUUUCACGGUCGCCUUCCAACCACAAUAUGAUAAUCUUCUGGCCGCCGUGAAGGACGCGACCAACACCGGUAUCCGACUUGCAGGCAUUGACGCUCGUAUGAGCGAGAUCGGUGAAGGUAUCCAGGAGGCCAUGGAAUCGUACGAAGUCGAGAUCAAUGGCCAGACAUACCCCGUCAAGGCUAUUCGCAAUCUCAACGGCCACACAAUUGGUCACUACAGCAUCCACGGCGGCAGUGCAGGCAAGUCUGUACCAAUUGUCAAAGGUGGAAGCAACGAGAAGAUGGAGGAAGGAGAGACAUACGCUAUCGAAACAUUCGGCUCCACAGGAAAAGGCGUCGUCAGAGAUGACAUGGAGACAUCGCAUUAUGCGAAGAUUGCGGACGCGCCAAAGGUUGCGCUGCGUGUUGCAAGCGCCAAAACGCUGCUGAAGUCCAUUGAUAAGAACUUCGGUACUUUGCCUUUUUGUCGGAGAUAUUUGGACCGGUUGGGGCAUGAAAAGUAUCUGCUGGGCCUGAACAACCUGGUCCAGAGUGGCAUAGUCGCCGACUAUCCACCGCUUGUGGACAUCAAGGGCAGCUACACUGCUCAGUACGAGCAUACUAUCCUGCUCAGACCGACUGUCAAGGAAGUGAUUAGUCGCGGCGAUGACUAUUGA